GGUGUCCGAAGUUUCUUGGCUUGUCUACGAUACACGAGCAACCUCACACUGCGUGACUGCUUCGGCGAGGUGAUUGUGGUCGCGGCGCUCCAACCUCAUCGAAAAAUCGCAGCUGCAAAGCUCAAACACCAGCGUACAGCAUGGCACGCCUCCUCCGCAUCCUUAUUGCGCUGAGCGCGACCGCUGCAGCUCUGGUCCCGAGCUGGCAGCAGCAGCUCGAUAGAGUGUUCCUAGACAUCGAUAUGAAGCCGCGGACGCGCUCGCGGACGCUUUUCAAGGUCAUCGAGCGGCGCGAGGAGAUCCUGACCGACGUGCGCAGCGCUGUCGAUAGCAUCCGGGAGAAGGGCUUCAAGGAUGGCCACGGCGAGGCUAUCGAUUUGCUCUUCCCGAAGGGCACGAUCAUUCGUGGCGACCUCGAGGGGUUACAAUCUCUGAGGAAACAACUCCCCGAGGCCAUCGAAGACCUCCGCAAGACGCGGCCGACGAACACCGCGACGACGCCGUCGCCGCCGACGCCCGAGGACCUGCGAAAAGUCGCAGAGAAGCUCCGCGACGGCUCGCUCCAGUCAGACAUAGAGGAGGAGCUCAAGAACGCGCUCCGGAGCACGCCCAAGGGCCUCGAGACGCCCAAGUACUCUAUCGAUAAAACCUUUGGCGACUGCGAGGUGCGGACCUACGAGGCCUACGCCGUCGCCGAACUGACGGAGCAGCGACCGGACGGCGACGCAUUUAAUAUUCUGGCCGCCUAUUUGUUCGGCAAGAAUUCUGAGGACAAGGCCAUGGCCAUGACGAUGCCUGUCGAGAUGGUCGACGGUGUGAUGUCCUUUGUCCUGCCGAAGGCGGACGCUGAUGCGCCGCCGGCGCCGACGGACGACAAAGUUACGAUUGGGGAGCGGCCGGCGCGGACCGUCGUGGCGCUGCCGUUCCCGGGCGUGGCGACGCCGGAAGAGAUCGAGCGCCAGCGCUCGAAGCUGGCGGACGUCUUGAAGGCGGAGGGGCUAGAGGCCGCGGACGACUCGUACACGGUGCUCCAGUACAACUCGCCGUUCACGAUCCCCUGGCGGCGCCGCAACGAGCUCGUUGUGGCGCUAGCUGAGAAGCCGAAGCCGCUCGUGCGACGGAAGGCCCGGGGCGAUCGGGGCCCCGCGCCGCCGGCCAUGCCGCGCGCGGCUUGGAGCGGGUCCCCGUUCCCGGCGAAACGCGGCGCGCCGGCCGCGGCGCCGCCCGCGAGCGAUCCGUCGGGGUCGUACCUGGAGUCGCUCUAGACGAGUCCCCGUAUAAAUCAAGUACUUGUUGCAUGGGUU